AUGGCUGCAUGGUUCUUGGCAGCGCACAGUAUAUCCUUUGCGCCGCAGCCAUCCGUUGUGCUGAAGAAUGUGGAGUUGAAGGGGAGCACGAUGGGGAGCAGGAAGGAGUUUGAGGAGAUGGUGGGGUUUGUGAGGGAGAAGGGGAUCAGGCCGGUUGUGAGUAAGGUGGUGAGGGGGUUGGAUAAUUUGGGGGGCAUUGAUGAGUUGUUUGAGGAGAUGAAGGAAGCCUCGAUGCCUAGCCAAAACGACAAAACCUAG